CUGGAGGGGGCGCCCCACUACAGGGCUUCACGAGAGGCUGUACGAAUUAUUCGUAGCGCAAAACCAGUCACUGAUUUGGGUCUCACUGUCGAGCAGGAGGACGAGCGAGCACUUGACGAGUGUAUUCUUCCCAGCAAGCCGAACGGCCGAUACUUCCACGACUCGACUCGACCGGAAAACACCAGACUCGGGAUCACGAUGCCCGCCGCCACCAACCCUGGGCAGCCCCAGCUGCUAUUCGCCGAUGGAUCCUUCGAGGAACUCGCUGUCGAGCUGGCCGACUACCUGAAGGUCGAGGACGUCAAGCAGCUGUUUGAAGGAGACAAGAAGGGCUCCACGGAGGAGGUUCUGGUCAAGCUGGUCGCCGCCGCCCCUGGCCUUCUCUCCGUGCCCGAGAAGGAGUUUACUGCCGCGUCCAACCUGUUGAUCCACCUCGUUUUGCAAUCUGCCGAGCCCAAGAAGCACCUGCCGACACUAUGCAACAUCUUCUCCAAGCCCGUCACCACCUCUCCCGUUCACGGCGUUGGGCUCUCUCUGAAUGCCCUCACCACUGUAUUCAACCUCCUCGAGCCCACCGACCCGAUCCGAGCCCGCGUGUUCAUGGAGAUCCUCAAGUUCCUGAAGGCGCACAACCUGUUCGAAAGCCUCAAGCAUUAUCUGGACACCCUACCCGAGUGGAUGGAGGCAUGGGGAACUACAGUAGACUACCAGAGGAAGCUCUAUGAGGAGGUGGCAGACGUCGCCCUGGAAGCUGGCGAGGACGAGCAAAGUUACGAGUUCAUCCUCAAAGCCUUGCGCACAUUCGACGCCGAUGGAAAGGACGACGCUUCAUCUGAGGAUGCCCAGAGACUAUCACUCCGCGCUGUGCGCAUGGCCCUCCUCUCCAACACCCACUUCCUCUUCCAAGACCUCCGAUCGAUCCCUUCUGUCCAGGCCCUGAGCGACUCCCAGCCGGUCUACUCUCAACUCCUCGACAUCUUCGCCGAGCAGGACUUGGAGGACUACAACGACUUCAACGAGGAGCACGAGGGCUGGGUCGACCAACAGAAGCUCGACCACGAGAAGCUGCACCGCAAGAUGCGCCUGCUCACAUUCUCCAGCUUGGCCGCAGCCACGCCCAGCCGCGAGAUCGAGUACGCAAAGAUCGUCAAGGCCCUCCAGAUCCCCGUCGAGGACGUCGAGAUGUGGGCCAUCGACGUGAUCCGCGCCGGCCUGGUCGAGGGCAAGCUGUCGCAGCAGCGGAACAAGUUCCUCGUGCACAAGGUCACGUACCGCGUCUUUGGCCAGAAGCAGUACCAGGAGCUCGCGACGCGCGUGGACCACUGGAAGUCGACGAUGCAGAACGUCCUGAACGUCCUGCGCCAGGAGCAGGCCAGCGCCAAGUCCCAGAAGGAGCGCGAGGCGCAGGAGCUGGAGCGCAAGCUGAAUAGCGCGACUUCCGGCACCGGCGGCCAGGGCGGCCGGCGGCAACAGCGGGAGCGAACGGACAAUGACGACUAA